UCUGGAGCCACGAUGACCAGGACUGCUCCGGACCAGCCCCAGAGCGACGGCAGGAGCAGGAAGAAGAGUCUGAAGCCAGUUGUGGAAAAGAAGAGGAGAGAUCGCAUCAAUCAGAGUCUGGCUGAGCUGAGACGUUUGCUGUUUAAUUACACUUCUGACCCACGAUUGCAGAAUCCUAAGAUAGAGAAAGCAGAGAUUCUGGACUUGGCUGUGGAGUAUCUUAAAAAGUGGACAGAUAGGAUAAACCUGCACGACGGUUGGUCAAUUGCCCCCCCUCUCCUCAACAUGGAGAGCGCAGGUUUCCAGCAGUGUGUGGCCCAGCUGACCGGCCACAUGCACAGGAUCAGCCCGGCGCAGAGGGCCAGCCUGAUCGAGAGGCUCCGGCACCACACGGAGAGCUGCUGGCACCCCAAGGCGGACUUCAGCCAGGCCGCAGGCAAGACCCCCGACGCGGCCCCCGCCCAGGCCAUUUGCACAUCUGACAGCAAGGAGGAGUGCCCCGGCCUGCUGUUCCCGUCCCAGUGCCCAUUCCAGCCUCACUCCUGCUCCACACCCUGCCAUGAGUAUCUGUCCCCCCCUCCCUCCCCCUGGUACUCUCCUCCUUUCCCCAUGUGCGCCUCCUCCUCUCCGUUCCCGUCGUUUGCAUGCUCCCUCUCCUCCGCCCCCAGCUCGUCACCCCCGUCCUCUAACACCUCCUUCUUCAGUUUCUCGCCAUCGCUUCCUCACUCCUCCGGCCUCCAAGUCCCUCCUCUUACCGUGGAGAGAGCCUCUGCUAACCCCGCACACGAGGAGGCGCUGGCCUCAAACGCCUCCUCUGCCAUGUGGAGGCCCUGGUUUAAAUGA